AAACGGAUACACUCCGUAUAUACAUGCGUCUUGCGACCAAGAGCGUUCAAUCUAGCAUAUGUAAAUUUCCUUACGUUCGCCGCAUCACCGCUCAGGAGAGGGUAGAACCUACACCGCUAAGGAAGCGAUCGAUGAUUGCCUACGUCAACGCUGCAGAUCGCUGGAAAGAGAAGAGUAGAGCGUCGCCGAAGAGAGGGAAAGCCUGAGAAUAUAUGUAAAAUUAUAUACACGAUCUAUCGCACUGCCCUACACCAGUUUUCCACGUUGCUGUCACGAAAGUUUUUCUGGGAUACAACCGCCGGACUGCGUCGUCGCCGGAAGGAAUUAGAAGCUGCGCCGUUCUGCGUCGCCAUCUUCUCUGGAGUGAAGAUGCUGCUGGAUGAACAACCACCACCGGAAGGAGAACCACCAGGGAUCAGCCGUGCUCGUCUACGUCACCGAAGUUGCUGGAGAAGAUGAUCUCCUACGCAAGUGAAUAUUUAGAGACCGGAAUUGAGGAAGAGAAUUAGGAGCAUCAGGACUUAAGGUAGCAGGAUGAAUGCCAACGCCUUGUUCGCGAAGAGGAAGGCAAGACCCAGCCAAAGGAGAACGGGCCCUCGGGCCAGAAGCCAGUUGACGCGCUUUUUCCGAAGGUCAUAGAGCCUUCCGCCGGGGACGCCCAUGCUGCUGUGGGGACCGGGGGGUCGAAGGCCGAGGCGGCCGUUAAGAAAAAGAGGAGAGAUAAGGGGGUGGAGCCCCCUGCCAAGAAGCAGAAAGCCGCCGUGGGCGCCGUCGAGGGGGCGGCCCCUCUCAUAGUUAUUGAUGACACGCCCGCCGCUGAUGGGCCCCUAGCCUCGGUCACCCCGAAGGCUCUGGUGAAUCCAUUCCCGGAGGAAGUACCCCGGGAGAUCCGUCAGCUCUCUUUUGCCCCCGGCGCUUCAUUAAUGCACGACACUGCCGAGCCGAGGGCCUUCCUGCGGGGCAUCACCUCGAAGAUGGACAGGGAAGUCUUCGAGACCUACGAUGAUGAUGCCCUCGAGAACAGGAUCCUCCGGUCCUCGCUCACUGCCUGCAUAGCCCUCGGGGAACAGGCUCGGAGGCGCGAGGAAAGGCGUCUUCACGAGGCUGCCCAGGAUAAGAAGGUGGAGGGGCUGAUCCGCAAGAACUCCGAGGCGGUGAAGCAUGCUGCCCAGCUGGAGGAGGCCCUUCGGGAGGCGAAGGCGGCGGCGGAGAAGGCCAAAGCUGACGGCAUAGCCGAGGGCAAGGCGGAGGCCGAGAGGGCUGCUGCCGAGGCGGCGAAAAAAGCUGCCGAAGAAGCCCAAACUGCCAAGGAGAGAGCUGCGGCCGAGGCCCGAGGGGAGGCAGUUGCGGAGUUCCUCGCUGAGGGCUGGAGGGCCGAGGGCCACAAGGAGUGGGUGGCCUCCGUGGUGGCAGCCUCGGUGGACGCUUGGGUAGAAGGCCCCGGGGUUGACUGGCUGACUGACAGGGGGGACGCCUACUACCAGGGGGUGAGUUCUUUACCCAGCACCUGAUCUACCGGAGGCUUGCCAGGCACUUUGGCGUGUCCCUCGAACAAUUCGACCCCUCAGCAUAUGGCCUCCCUCCGUUGCAACCAGAUGUCAGAGUUCCCCUCCCCCCGGGUGAAGAGCGGCCGACAAUCUAUGAUUCUGUGAUGAUGGGGGGUGAUGGGGGUGGAGCCGUCGGGGGUGAUGCUGCCGGAGAAGAAGUCUCCUCCAAGGCUGUCGUGGAAGAUGCCCCCGGAGACAACGAGGCUGAAGCCGCCGAGAAGAUUAGUACUUAGUCAAUUUUUGAAAAAGCUUUGUAAUGAACAUUUGUCACCCCUCGGCUUUGGCCAUACUCUGUAACAAACACAUUUGAAUCCCUUCUUUUUGUUGAAUGAAUGAUUGCCUUCGGGCCUUGUACAUGUGGCUUGUUUUUUCUAAUUCUUGCAAGUGGAGCCCCAGCUGAAAUAUUGAAUAGGCCAGGGGCCAAUUCUUUAGGACUUAGAAAAUUUUCUUGAAUGUCGAUUCCUUGUGCACUGUAGCCCUCGAUUGAUAGGUAGCCUUCGGCUAUUGGGUCCCUUUAUAAGUUGAGGGUGAAAUAUGUAGGACUUAGAAAGAUUUCUAAGUGUAGAUUUUCCCUUGGGAGCCUUCGGGAGAUGGCAUCCCUUCUUGAUGUAUGAGUAGUUGACC